CAUCUGCACUAACCUUUUGUUUGCUUCUGUUACUUCAGCAAAAAGAUACCUGGCAAGUAUUUAAGAUGGAAAAGGAGCUUGUUCCGUCCCCAAACAGGACCUACAGAUAUAAUCCAACUUUAGGAGCCUCCUCCCAUUCCAGCCGCAUUCCAGGCCUCUCUACAUGCUCCCCUGCAGCUGGAAGACUGCAGGCACUCAGCCCAAUCCUGAAAAAGGAAACCUGCCUCAAUUCUUUUAUACAGGACUCCCCAAAACAGGCUCCUUUGGCAAAAGGCAGAGGAAUUCCCAGACCAAAUUUCAGGCCUGGGCCCCCCAAACCUCCACGUAGCCAUGAGAUCCUCACAUCCUGCCAUCUUCCCACAACAUCCCAGCCUCUUCACAGCACAGCAGCCAAUGGUCUGGAAGCACGAAAACUAAGCUCUCUAUCAUUUACCCUGCACCAGAGCAGCAGCCCGCCUCCACCUGGCCGGCAGCUCCUUUUGCACUCAAUGACCAGGAAGGAAUUCCAGAAGAUUCCUCUGAGAAAGGAUGCUCUGGGGAAAAGAGCAGGGCUGCCUUUACCAAGCCCUCUGUCACCUUCUGGAUUACAAACCAUGCAGCAAAGCAUACUGGAGAGCUCUGCUCAUGCAGAUGCCGCAGACCCCUGCUGCAGAGAUGAAAAUCAUGUCGGAAGCACAGAAAUACCAAGUUCCCAGAAAAAUGCAGUCCCUCCUAGCUCAUCAUCCUCACCUUCUGAACCACAACCAGAAACCAUACCAAAAUCCGCUAUGGAUGAUGCUCUGAAGGAAACUGUUCAGGGGGACCUUUUCCCUAAUGACAGAUUUGGUGCUCCAAAAGACAUGGAUACACCACAAGGCUUGGCUGGAUCACAAAAGAUGGUACUUUGCUGUCCUCAGGAGGUUCUGGAGGACCAAGGAAUGGUGGACAAUCUUCUUCAGGCAGAUUCCAUCAUGUCUCCUCCUGAGACAAAUACCACCAACUUUGAAUGCCCUGCAGACACCAACCCAGAAGCAGCCAUGUCUGAGCUGGUGCCAGAACCCCGGCAAAAACCAGCAGUGCCAAUGAAGCCUGUUGGUAUUAAUUCAAACCUUCUGGGAUACAUCGGGAUUGACACCAUCAUAGAACAAAUGCGCAAGAAGACCAUGAAAACUGGAUUUGACUUCAACAUCAUGGUUGUAGGCCAAAGUGGAUUAGGCAAGUCGACACUUGUAAAUACCUUAUUCAAAUCCCAAGUGAGUCGCAAAUCUUCAGGUUGGAACCGUGAGGAAAAGAUCCCUAAGACAGUUGAAAUCAAAGCAAUUGGACAUGUUAUUGAAGAAGGUGGUGUGAAAAUGAAGCUGACAGUGAUUGACACCCCUGGAUUUGGUGACCAGAUUAACAAUGAAAACUGCUGGGAACCAAUUGAGAAAUACAUCAACGAACAGUAUGAAAAAUUCCUGAAGGAGGAGGUGAAUAUUGCAAGAAAGAAACGAAUCCCAGACACCAGAGUCCAUUGUUGCCUCUACUUUAUCUCUCCAACAGGUCACUCCUUGCGACCUUUGGAUAUGGAAUUCAUGAAACACUUGAGCAAAGUCGUGAACAUAAUUCCAGUUAUUGCCAAGGCAGACACAAUGACUCUAGAGGAGAAAACAGAGUUCAAACAGAGGGUCCGCAAAGAACUAGAAGUAAAUGGAAUUGAGUUUUAUCCCCAGAAGGAAUUUGAUGAGGACCUUGAAGAUAAGACAGAGAAUGACAAAAUCAGGCAGGAAAGUAUGCCAUUUGCAGUUGUGGGCAGUGACAAAGAAUACCAGGUGAAUGGAAAAAGGGUCCUGGGAAGGAAGACACCCUGGGGAGUCAUUGAAGUGGAAAAUCUCAACCAUUGUGAAUUUGCUCUACUGCGGGAUUUUGUCAUUAGGACCCACCUUCAAGACUUAAAAGAAGUAACUCACAACAUCCACUAUGAAACGUACAGGGCCAAACGACUCAAUGACAAUGGGGGACUUCCACCAGUGACCGUAGAGACAGAAGAAAAUCAUGAAAGUAACCUGUAAAUGAACUGUCUUGUUAGCCACUGUCUCAGAAUUAUGUCCACUACCCCCAUCUCUUGAUUUGAAUUCAGGCCUCUUGUUGAAGCAUGUGGGAUACCUUUUAUGUGUACAGAAUGGGGAAGAACCAGAGAUAUGGACCCCAUUUCCCCCCAAACCCCAUCUUAUUCUAUUAUUAUUAUUGUUAUUAUAAUUAUUAUUUGAUUUUUCUAUUUUGCACAGCAGACUCUGGUCUUCCACUGUAUUCCAGUAUUCAGUUGUGCAUCCUAGUUGUUUGAAAUGUAGAGGAAAUUCUGGAAGUGGUACAGUCUUUGGGGGCCUGUGAAGCAUCCCCAAGAAAUAUUAAAAUGGGAUUAGUGUACGGCUGUUGUAAGCACUAUGGAGGAAACAGAGAGCCAUACCUUGGAUGCAAGUUUCAGUGGUCUGGAAGAGCUUGGGUUGCUUUGCACUGUGAUAGGUGGUUUGUGUGUAAUAGGUUUACUUCUCCAUGUAGAAGCAGGGAAAAUAGACUUAGACUGGGAUACUGAGCACAGCUAUGUGGUAGUAAGUGCCAGUGAGAUCAAUGGGAAGGAUUUGUUGCCAAAUAAAUGUGUUUAUUUAGAAUUGGUGUGCCAGUGUGCAAAGCAGGACUGUGGUCAUUUUGUUUCUCACAGUAAGACUAAUUAGAGGCAAAUUUGUAGAGAGUUACAUAAUCUGCAAGUAAUCAUUUUCUUGGUGUCGAUAAAAAAGAAGAGCAUUUUACAGAGGAAUGCAUUUCAAAUUGUGGCAUAAAUAAUUCUAGUUUGAUACAAAUGCCACCCCUAAGUUGUCAUUAUGCGUGUUACACCUCAUGGUCCUGCUCUGACACUUCGCGUUGUUAGAGCUACCCUAAGGUUGUUUAAUACAGAGACAUUCCUGUAACAAUUACCUUUGGAUUGCUGCUGCUGCAAGAAUCAUAAAAAGUGUUGAAAUGUU